AUUGUAUUCAAACUUAAAAUAUUAAUAAAAUUACAUUUCUGCCCCAAUGAAACGUUUGUCUCAAAUAUUUCAACCUAUAAUUACUAUUCCUAAGAAUGCUAAAAUUAAAAAUACGGAUAUUACGUCCAAAAGUCAGAAAUUACUCCUAGAAUGUGGCUUAGUCCGCCCCACCAGUUCCGGAUUGUUCACUCUCUUACCGCUUGCCAGACGAUCUGUCGAUAAGCUGGAGAAUCUCAUAAAGAAUUGUAUUGAAACCACAGGCGCACAACGCAUCUCUCUCCCGGCCUUGACACCAGCUAACCUCUGGGAAAAAACUGGCAGAAUAGCAGACAUUGGACCAGAACUAGUCACUUUAAAAGAUAGGCAUGACAAACAAUAUUUAUUGGCUCCGACACAUGAAGAAACCAUAGCAGACUUGUUGGCUGAUGUUGGACCUUUGUCAUACAAACAACUUCCUCUGAUAGUGUAUCAGAUAAGUAAUAAGUACAGAGAUGAGCACCGACCCAAACAUGGCUUAUUACGAGCGCGUGAGUUCCUCAUGCUGGACGCGUAUGGAGCACACACAUCUCUCGACUGCGCGCAUACCACCUACCAGCGGAUGACUGCCGCAUACCAACGCCUAUUCGACCAACUGCACCUUCCCGUUUAUCAAGUUAGAGCACCAUCUGGAGACAUGGGCGGAUCCGUUUCUCAUGAGUGGCAGCUUCCGGCAGCAUCAGGAGAAGACCAAAUCCAUGUGUGUGUGUCCUGCUCGCAAGCCAGCCUUGCCAGUGAAUCGCAGAAGAGUUGCCAGGCUUGUGGAGCAAAUACCAAAGUCCUUAGCAGUAUUGAGGUCGGGCACACAUUUAUUCUAGGUACAAAAUACAGUGAUCCGCUCGGAGCGCACUACGUUCCUUCGAGUGGUCCCUCAGAGCCUGUCAUUAUGUCGUGCUACGGGAUUGGAGUGACGAGAUUGUUGGCAUCAAGUUUAGAAGCUCUUUCUACAGACAAAGCGUUAAGGUGGCCUAGAGCCAUAGCGCCGUAUAGCCUCAUCAUAAUCGGUCCGAAGGAAGGUUCUAAAGAGUGGUCUGCUCUGGGAGAAAACCAUGUGCACCAGCUCCACGAGGCGAUAUGCCGGCUGCCAGGACUUGAUAAUGAUGUGCUGGUGGACGACCGCCAUCAAAUGACCAUCGGCAAAAGACUCAUGAUGGCUGACAGAUUAGGCUACCCCACCAUAGUGGUGUGCGGUAAAGCGGCGCUGGACUCGCCCCCGCGCUACGAAGUGUACCAAACCAACACUGAAGUGGACGCCACAGUCAGGAUGGCGACGUUGGACGAGCUGCUGGACUUGCUAUCCAACGGACAUGACAAAGAUAUAGCAGCAAAUAAACAGUAAAAUUUGGUGUUGAGUCGAAACUCAAACAUAUUAUUUUGAGCGCUAACCCUUGCAGCCCGCCACACGCCAAUCAUGUCUCUGAAGUCUGAUCCCACAAUAAGUUUUUUAUAAUUUCCAAUGUCGGAACGAAAAUCGAACUCUUGAUAUCUCAUUAGGCAGUAUACUAAUCGCCACAGCGACUGCCCGUUUAUUGAGUCUUAUUACCACUACUCAUAGUUGGAGUUUUUUUUAAUAAGAUUAUUAACUAUGAUAUUAAAGUUGCAUAAAAUCUA